UUUUAACGGUCACGUUAGUUAAAAACAUUCAAAAAUUGUAAUCAAGAUUGCUUUGAAAUGCAAUUUUAAAUAAAGAAUAAUCAAUUCUAUAAAAGAAAGCAUGCAUAUGAGUUUAUGAUAAUUAAUAAAAACGAUGGAGCCCUCAAAAGAUGCCAUUGCUGUGCGUGUAACUCGUUUAAAUCGUCAAAUAACUGGUAAAGUGAUAAGUGGUACCAAUAGAUUGAGCAGAAAGGUCGACCGAGAAACACUAUUAGAUGGUUUAACCGUUUUGUAUGAUGAAUGCAAUGAAGAUCCAGUCAAAAAAGCAGAUGAUCUUGUUCGUGUUUUCGUCGACAAAUACCGAAGUGCUUUAGCGGAUCUCCGCAGUGCUCGUGUUUGUGUGUCUGAUUUUGAAAUAUUGCAAACUAUUGGAAGAGGACAUUUUGGAGAAGUACAUAUGGUACGUGAAAAACAAACAGGGGAUGUGUAUGCAUUAAAAAGUGUUCGUAAGGAGCAAGCAAGGAAAAAAGUUUCAGGAGCAGCUGAUGAGAGAGAUAUUUUAGCUUCAGCAUCAGGCCAAUGGAUUCCAAAACUGCAGUAUGCAUUUCAAGACAACAACAACUUAUAUCUUGUGAUGGAAUUAUGCAACGGGGGAGACUUAGCUGGGUUCAUAUCUCGCUGCAGUCAUCCCCUAUCAGAAAGAGAUGCUGCAUUUUAUGUUGUUGAAGUUGCUCAUGCACUCAAAGCGCUGCAUGGUAUGGGCUUUGUUCAUCGAGAUGUUAAACCAGCCAACAUAUUAAUUGAUAGGUGUGGCCACAUUAAGCUAGGAGACUUUGGAUCAUGUGCGCGUCUAUCUGAAGGUGGUUGUGUAUCAGGAGGUACAGCUGACUACAUAGCUCCGGAGUUACUCGCUGCUGCCGACUGCGCAAGCCACACACACACUGUCUGUCUGCAGUACUGCCACAUUACUACUGCGCUUUCGGCAUGUGAUUAUUGGUCACUAGGUGUGGUAGCAUUUGAACUGGUUACGCUAAGAAGGCCGUUCUCAUCCAGCGAUGACGAUUCUGUUGCACAAGUCCUUAGCAAUAUACAGAAAUAUGAACAGGAUUCGAACCGAGAGCCUCCCUUCGACCCUCUACCAAACAAUCCAUCUACGAUGUGGCGGGGCUUAGUGAGUGGAUUACUGCGGGUUCAACCCGCGAGACGGUUCAACUACCUGGAUACGUUGCGGCACCCGGCACUUGGCCAUAUAGCAUUACACGCUGCCGCUAUACGCGAUCAGGUACCGCCAUGGGUGCCAACUGUACGCGGCCCAGAAGACGCUCGAUACUUAUCUACGCCGGAAAAACAAAACCAUCCGGUCAGUACGACGCCUUUUCGAACAAGACCGCCCUUCAAUGGACAACUGCCUUUUGUCGGCUACUCGUAUAUUGCACCAGACGAUAGCGAAGAAACUCUAAGCAGUUUCACGACUUCACACGAUAGUACCGCUAUUGAUUUGGCUACGUUCAAAUCGGCCGAAAAGUUGGCAACAAUUCGCGCCAAAGAAAUAACCUCUCUUCAAACCAAGCUCGCGUCGGCUGAGUGUGCGAUCAGUGAGGCAGUUGAACGCGCACGCAGAGAAACCGAAGAUGAAGCGGAACGUGUACGUGCACGUCUACAAGCUGAUAUCACGGCACUAUCAUUGCAGAACAAACGUUUAGAGCGGCAGAUCGAGGUCGAGAAAGAAGAACGAAUGGCCCUAGAGAGAACUAACCAAGAACUAUGUUCUGGUGUAAAAGAACGCAGCAAUGCAGAAAUUAGAGCAGCAAAAGCCCAAGCUAAUGAAUUGCUAAGUGAAAGGAAUAUGUUAAAGGAAGACAUGGAACGGCUUGAGGCAAAAGUACAGGAAUUACAGAACGAAUGCGCAAGCGCAGUAGCCGCGGCGGAUACGGCCCGAUCGCAGCAUAAACACUAUAAGGAUACUAUAGCGAAAGAGCGUGCAUUACGUCGCCAAACAAUAAGCGGUAGUGACGUAGAUACGGCGCGUUUAGUCGCCGCUGAAGCUAACCUUGCGCGGGAACAGCGAGCCAAAAUAGCGCUUGAAGAGCGUCUCGCAGCAGCCAAUAGUGACAUAAAUGACCUACGAGGAGAAUUGGAAUAUGUCCGCGAAUGUCUUGAACAAUCUCAGAAUUCAACUCGCGAAAAAGAUCGUAUAGCUGAGGCAACCAAACAUGAACUAAAUGAGCUCCAAGUUCAGUAUGCGCAGGAGAAAAUGAGAGCAACUUCAUUUGAAGCGCAGGUUCAGGAAUUAGAACGUGGAAUUUCUGAAGCGGCGAAACGCGAGGUAUCGUUAGAAGAACUGAGCAGUAGGACGGAAUCUCGUCUUCAGCAACGACUUGAGGCGGCGGAAGCGAAGGCCGCGUCCGCAAUGCGCGAAGACGCUAGACAUAGAGAAAAGGUUACAACCCUAGAACAGUUGGUUCGACAACUCGAGCGCGAAGUCAGUGCUAUGGAGAACCGAGCCUGUGUAAGAUGCACGGCUCAUGCUAAUGAUGUUAAUGCUAACGCAGCCACCAAUACAUCCGAUGGUGACAUUAGAUGUGAUACAAGAAGCGAUACGGAGAGUGUAGUGGAUUGUCAGCUUAAUGUGCAUGUUUCGGUAUUAAAGGAACAGUUGGAAAGGGCAGAAGCGCAGUUACAGGCACGCGCCGAUGAAAUUGCGACUCUACGUCAAGAGGCCAGAAGUGCCAAUCUUGCGAGAUGGAGGAAGGAAAAAGAAUUCAACGAUCUUUCUCUGGACGCUAAAGUAACUGCGCGUGAUUUAAAACGCGCGGAAGAGCGAAUAGCAACCUUAUCACAAGGACGCAAAACUGCUGAAGAAAAAGCGGGCAAGCUAGAGAAAGAGAUAGCGACAUUGAAACCGCAGUACGAGCAAGCGAAAAAGGAUAUGGAGAAAUAUAAGGAACAGUUAGAAAAGAUCCAGAAGACUCAUGACAUACUUCAAGCGGAAGUUGAUAGGUCUCGAAAUGAUAUCCGCAAGUUGCGUAGUGAAGUACAGUACAGUGAAAAACGGAGGAUGCAUGCUGAAGAGCAAGAAGAAUUAUCAGCUCGGGAGAGAGGCCAACUUCGUGAUGAACUGGCUCCGUUACGAAUGCAGAACAAUGAAUUAAUUAUGAAUAAUAAAGCUCUGCAAGAAGCGUGUGGCCUAUUGGAAGAGCAGUUGACGGACCUUGAGAAACUCGCCGACUUACAUGAGCUGAAGAACAAGGAUCUCGAGAGUGAGAUGCUACGACUGCGUACGGAGUUAGAGACAUGUCGUUGUCGCGUAGCCGAGGCUGAACGGCAAAAUGCUGAGAAAGCCCUCACUAUCAGCCUGGCCUCGCAGCGAGAAGACGAAGCCAGGGAACAACUUGAACAGGCGAACGCGCAGAUCGAUUUCCUAAAGGAUCGUCUAGAAAACAGAGAAGUGCUAGUAUCGGAUCUGGAGUCCCGUGUAGCAGAACUAGAAAGCGCCUGCGCAGGUCACGAGGCCGCGUUGACGUCAGCCGCUCGUCGCUUGCGCGAUUUGCAAGAAGAGAGUACGGCUCUACGCACGCGUGCGCUUAAUGAUCACGCACGCGCGCUCGCACUGCAGGCCAAUCUUGAUGCUGCACAGGAAGAGGCAAAUGCGGCUAGCGAAGCUCAUGAAGCAGCAGGCGCGUGGUGGCGCACCAGAGAGACCAAAGCCGAUGCUACUAUACGUCAGCAGGCCAAGCUUAUUGACUUUUUACAGGCCAAAGUUGAGGAAGCUGGCCGGAAGAAGUGUUCGUUAAGCAACAAACUAUUUGGCCGUUCGGGUCGCCGCACGGCCGCCUCGCCGCCUUUACUCAGAGUUAAUAGAGAACUACGGGAAGAAGUAGAAAGAUUAAGAGCAAAGUUGUCGGCAGCUAAUAUUUCAGCAAAUUUUCCACCUACGCCACGAAGAGAGAGAUCUGAAGUUAAACCAAAGAAAAUUGCAAAUGCAACAAUGAGUUUUGAUCUGAAUCAUGAGUCCGAUCCACCUGAAAAGGAUUCUUUGCUUGUUAUUUGGAAUGACGGUAGUCGCGAACGCAUGAUCGCUCGAUACUGCGAUGCUGCGCUCGUACUCACCAACGGUCAGAGAGAGUUGCGGGCGCACCUUCAUGCCACGAACGCACUUGACUUGCCGCACAAUGAGGCUAACAGAGCGUUUACUCUACGCCUAGAGCACGCAGUAGCGGGCGGGGAUACAUGCACAGUGGUGUGUACAAGUAUACCGGAGCGUAAUGAGUGGGUGUCACGCCUGACGUCUCCAGUAGUACAUUCGGGGUAUGCGCCUGCGUCACUUGCGGACAUGGAUAAUGCCCCCACUUCUGCGCUCUAUGUCGCGCCUAAUGUGAUUGCUAUUGGUCAUCCAAAAGGCCUGCGCUCUCUUCGCGGACCAGUACGUAUAGAGUGGGAGGGAGAUAGCGCUAUUGAAACCGUAUCCUGUCUCGCUCAGUGCAGUGGACGGGCGAUCCUCGUUUGCGGUGAAUGUGUUGUUCACGCGGGAUUAUUGAGUGUGGGUUCGGCAUUACGAAGAGCAAGCACUCUUAGACCGAGCUUGACUGUGAAGCGUAUGAUGAUUGAUGGCAGGCCGCAUCUGAUACAAACAAUCUCAGGAGACGCGGAAAGUGAUAUCUGCGCGGCGAUAGCGUGUGGUAGACGCGUAUUCCUUCUGAGAUACGAAGCAUCGGAAGCCGAGUUCAAAGUUAUCCGCUCUCUGACCAUAGAUCGACCCGCAGAAUCCAUACUUCUAACCUCGAGAACAGUUUACAUCGCCGGCGAAAAGCCUCUCAAACUUAAACUACCCGCAGGCGCGCUAGAAACCUUUGCCAUGGACGACCUCACAGUUUCUGCGGCAGCCAAGAAACAUCUACCACCCAAAGCGAUAAUACUAAUCAAAGAGAAUCCAGUGGAAAUCCUACUGUGUUACGCAGAAUGCGGCGUCUUCGUGGAUGAGAACGGUAGAAGAUCUCGCAACGAGGAGCCAAAGUGGAGUCCCGCAAUCCGAAGCUGGGAGUUCGUCAGUCCAUUCCUAUAUGCAGUGGGAGAAGAUAGAGUCACCAUAAUAUACCUAACAGAAGAAGCUUACAAAUCCCCACCUUGCACCUGUGAUACAACAUCCAUGGCAUCUUCUGGAUCCUCUUGCUAUGCACCAGAAAUAUUUAACUACAAAGUCAAAGACCCAAUGCUUAUCGGGAGAGCUCCAAACGGAAUAAUAAUAAGUUCCAAAACAGAUAAUGGAUACCAAGUGUCAAUAGUGGAAGGGAUGGCUGCCUUUAAAAGUAUUGGGGCUUCGCUCGAGUCCUUAGCGACCAUUUCAAAAGGAUCGACGAACGACCUAACGCAAUCCUUAAACGACCUCUGCCCUCAAAAUGAUUCGCAAGAAAGUGUAGAAUUAACCACAGGAUUUCUGGCCGAUAUCAGGAAUAGGGCGAAACAGUUGCGGAACAAAAAUAGACUGGAGAUGCAAUCUAUGCAGGCGUCUGACGAUAUUAUUAAAGAGAUUUUAACAACUGAAGUUGGAGUUAGGCGUCCUUCGAACGGACGGAGAUCGCCUGUUAUUUCGGAGUUUGAUUCUGAUACGGAGACUGAGAGUGAGGGCGGGACUGGAACUGGGACUACUAAGUGUACCGCUGAUGUAUGUGGAGAGAUUUUCGCGAGACAAGUGCGAUUUAAUUAAGAAAACAUGAAACCAACACAUGCACAAUUAGAUUGCAUGAGUAAACAAAUCUGAGGCAUUGAAUUGGUGAUAGGUGAUCUGGAUAACCCUAAAAUUCCACCUCUAAAGUUGUACUAUUAAACAUCUCUAAACUUCUGCUAGCUAAAUGAGCGGCAUUUAUAGGUAAAGGGGAUAUUAAUAUAAAUAUCCAAUUUAGUCAUUUUAUACUUACCACACGUAUUUAUUAAUGUUGUAGAGUUAAGUUUUAACUGCUUGAAAUAAUUGUACUUAUGAUUUAUUUUAAUAGUAGUUGCAUAUAUUUUUAGAAAGAAACUUUCUUAGUUUUGUUUAGAUUUAAUUUAUUAAUUAGUUUAACCUUUGCUUGCCUAAACUGCAAAAUGUGACAUAAAUAAUAAAUUACAUAUAAAUGUUUUGUAUUA